CACAUGUCUACGGGAGAAAGGAGCAAUGUUCACCGAGUUUAGUCGCAAUAAGUUUGUUAAUUGAACGUGUAACGACUACUGUUGUACUGAACAUACAUUUUUUGGACAGGCGGUAACCAUGGCUUCCCGAGCUGGACCUCGAGCUACUGGCACAGAUGGAAGUGACUUUCAGCACCGCGAGAGAGUGGCCUCACACUACCAGAUGAGUGUCGCCCUCAAGUCCGAGAUCCGUAAGCUGAACAUCGUCCAUGUUCUGAUCUGGCUCCUCUUAGCUGCCCAGGUGACAGUGAGCCAGCUGAACCUGGUGUCCCACAGUGUGGUGGCUGCUCCCUACCAGUGGGAGUACCCCUACCUGCUCAGUAUCAUCCCCUCCCUCUUCAGCUUCAUGGCCCUGCCCAGAAACAACAUCAGCUACCUGGUGAUCUCCAUGAUCAGUGCCGGCCUCUUCUGCAUAGCGCCACUCAUCUACGGGGGUAUGGAGAUGUUCCCGGUGGCCCAGCAGCUGUACCGCCACGGCAAGGCCUACCGCUUCAUCUUCGGCUUCUCUGCCGUCUCCGUCAUGUACCUGGUGAUGGUGAUCGCGGUGCAGGUGCAUGGCUGGCAGAUCUACUACAGCAAGAAGCUGCUGGACGCCUGGUUCACCUCCACACAAGACAAGAAGAAGAAAUGAGGACAGAGGAGGACUUCAUUAUUUAAACAACUGACAAGGAACGACUAUUGUUGCCUGCCACUGUCUGACACCACUUCUAGGCCCAUCUUCCAUCUAUAUUUGAAUUCUACCCCCCCCUCGCCAUCCCUAAUUGGUAGUUGUAGGACUAAUUGGAAUACUCAGCAGCCUGUCCUGUCGUCUUCCUGGUAAACCCUCUCACCUCCAUUAUCUCAUCUCCUGGCUCUGGAGCCUGUGGACAGAUUAAGACUUGAGUUGUUUAUCUGAGACUCCAGGGUUUAAUGUUGACCCGUCCUGCUGCCUGCUGCUUCUCUUUAUAUCUCAUCCUGAUCUAUGGAGCGGUUUGCCAUAAUCUGUCCCCCAAAGGAUAGUAUGCUAGCUACCUCCAGUCUUAGCCAUACGUUCCAAUUAUCUCUCCUUCCUCCACAAAUUAGCCCUUGUUCACUGCCCUUCACUGAUUUGAAAGGAAAUGACUGGAAUAAUAAAUAUGGUAGAAACUCCCACUAGACCAGGGAUAGGCAACUUUGAUGGGGGUGGGGACCACAAAACAUCUGAACUCAUCAUGAUGGGCCGCAGUGGCUCGCGGGUCUACCUAACCUUGGGGCGGCAGGUAGCCUAGUGGUUAGAGCAUUGGACUAGUAACCGAAAGGUUGCAAGAUCGAAUCCCCGAGCUGACAAGGUAAAAAUCUGUUGUUCUACCCCUGAACAAGGCAGUUAACCCACUGUUCCUAGGCUGUCAUUGAAAAUAAUAAUUUGUUCUUAACUGACUUGCCUGGUUAAAUGAAGGUUAAACAAAAUCAACUCAUCCAUACCCAGACAUACAGUCAGAGCUGGCCCUAGCCUAAAUGGAGUUUUGUGUGUGUGUCCCACCUUGCGAGCACAAAGUUUUAGCUCCCCCCCCUAAUGGAGAGAAAAAAGAGUACGUUUUAGAAUUAAUUUCUUGAUAUUCUACACAAUUUGCCAUGGGGAGGAGAGAUUUUGUAACUUAACUCAUUUCAUGUAAUUCUAAUAAUUUGCAAUGGGGUGGAGAGAAAUGUGCAGUUUUUCAGCUAAUUUCCUGAAAUUUCUCACCCUACUAUAGGAUGGAGAGAAAUGUUUGCAGUUUUUAUUAUGAUAUCUGAGUGAGAAUGACUUACAAAAUCAAUUGGGCCCCUCCCCAGUUGGUAAUUCAACCAUGAUUACUACAAGUUUAGAUCGCUGGCUAGACUAUCUUACCAGUCUAGACAAAUGUUAGCUGACGUGGACUAAUUAAGUGACUGUCAAGUGACUGACAUAACAAGAGAGAAACUGCUGAUACACAACCAAACAUUGAAAUUGCACCUUGUGUUUUCUACUAUUCUAACUCUCAACAGUAAGUUGAGAACCCGACUGAGUUCCUCAUUUUUAUCGUUUUUGGAAAUGUAUUCACGGGCCUACACCGGACCAGCAGUUGCCCAUCCCUGCUUUGGACAGUGCCUCUGCGAAUCCAAUGUUUUCAGAUUUGUGGGUGAAAUAGUGAAUGAGUGAAAACUUCAGGAGGCAGGAGUUAUAAUUGGGACACACCCAUGACUAGGUCAGGGCAUGAUGUGGCCUUAAUGAGAGGAGCCAUUGUAAAGCCAACUGUAAAGCCAACUGUAAAGGAACAGGGAAAGGGUUCAGAGAAGGCAAGAGCAGUGGUCAAAUUGUUUCUAAAUGAGAUGUACAUUGUUAAAUAACAAUAAAUGGCUAUGCUGUAGCA